AUGUUUGGUUCCUUGGAUCAGUUCCCUGCUUUUCAGGUUAGCGAAGAAUUUAAGAAUGUGAAUCAAGAUGCUUCUGUACAUGGUAAUCUUAGUUGGCUAACCGUUCGCUAUCAUAACGCGUCCUAUGAGCUAUGCACUGAAGAAAUGCAUGAAAGACUAGUUUCUGCUUUUCGUUGGGCCGACUUCAUAAUUGGAGCUAAGAUGGUGGUAAGAUCGUGCUCGAAUUUGUCUGACUUGGUGUCCGAGGACAGUUUGAAUUCCCCUCAAACUCCAGGAGCUCUUCCUCGCACCCUGUCUGUUCCAGGAAUUAUGUCUGAUCUUGAUGGCAAACUGAGGGACAAUGAUGAUUCAAAUGCUGUAUCAUCUGAACAAAAUCAGAAGAUCAUUAUAGUAGCAAAUUUUCUUCCUCUUAAAGCUCAAAAGGAUGAAAUAUCUAGCAAAUGGUGCUUCACUUAUGAUGAAGAUUCAAUCUUGUUGCCAUUAAAGGAUGGCCUCUCGUCUAACACUGAGGUUUUUUAUGUGGGAUCUCUGAAGGUUCAUGUUGAUGCUAGUGAACAAGAGAAUGUUUCUCUUCAGCUACAGGCGAAAUUCAACUGCCUGCCUACCUUUAUUCCUUCAGACAUCCAGAAACAAUUUUAUGAUGGAUUUUGCAAGCAACAUUUGUGGCCUCUAUUCCAUUACAUGUUGCCCUUCAAUCCAGACUGCUACAAUCGCUUUGACAAGUCACUGUGGCAAGCUUAUGUUUCUGCUAACAAAAUAUUUGCUGAUAAAGUCAUGGAGGUUAUUAAUCCAGAGCUUGAUUAUAUAUGGGUUCACGAUUAUCAUCUCAUGAUUAUUGCGACAUUUCUACGGAAGCGAUACAAUUGGAUCAAGCUAGGAUUUUUUCUCCACUGUCCAUUUCCUUCAUCUGAAAUUUACCGUGCUUUACCUGUCAGAGAUGAAAUUUUGAAAGCACUGCUUAAUGCAGAUUUAAUUGGUUUUCAUACAUUUGAUUAUGCUCGGCAUUUUCUUUCUUGCUGCAGCCGAAUUCUUGGCUUAAAAUAUGAAUCCAGAAGGGGAUACAUCAAGCUUGAAUACUUUGGCCGCGCAGUAUUCAUCAAAAUCUUGCCUGUGGGGAUUCAUUUGUGUCGACUUCAAUCUGCCUUGAAUCACCCUUCUUUUACGUUCCGUGUAAGAGAAGUGUGGGAGAAGUUCAAGGGGCAAAAACUUAUUCUUGGAGUUGAUGAUAUGGACAUUUUUAAAGGUAUCAGCCUAAAGUUAUUGGCCAUUGAACAACUCUUUCAGCAAUAUCCUGAAUUUCUAGGUGAAUUAAUACUUGUCCAGAUUGUUAAUCCACCAAGGAGUACUGGUAAGGCUGUAUAUGAGGCAAGGAAUGAGAUGCACAUUAUUGCCAACAGGAUAAAUGAUAGGUUUGGCUUUGUUGAUUAUGAACCUAUCAUCAUCAUGGAUCGUCAUGUUCCAUUAUACGAGAAGGCAUCCUACUAUGCUUUAGCAGAAUGUUGUAUUGUGAAUGCGGUGCGAGAUGGUUUGAAUGUGGUUCCUUACGAGUACAUUGUCUGCAGGCAGGGGGCUCCUAAAAUGGGUGAAGCUUUAGACCUUGCUCCCCCUCCAACAAGUGCGCUUGUUGUUUCUGAGUUUAUAGGUUGCUCACCUUCUCUAAGUGGGGCAAUCAGGGUAAACCCAUGGGAUGUUAAUGCUGUUGCUGAUGCACUAAAUUUGGCCAUCAGAAUGCCCUGUGGAGAGAAACAGUUGCGGCAUGAGAAGAACUACCGAUACGUUAGCUCUCAUGAUGUAGCAUACUGGGCCAAAAGUUUUGUGCAAGAUCUUGAGUAUUCGUGCAAGGAUCACCACAGUAAAAAUUGCUGGGGGAUUGGCUUUGGCCUUAAUUUCAGAGUUUUGUCCCUUUCUCCUUCUUUCAGGAAGCUUAACAAAGGCCAUGCUGUUUCUUCAUAUGAAAGGGCUAAUUGCAGGGCAUUAUUUUUGGAUUAUGACGGCACGGUUGUCCCAUCCAUUGAUAAUACUCCAAGUCCUGAAAUUAUAGCUGUUCUAAAUAACCUUUGCAGUGACCCUAAGAACACUGUUUUCAUAGUAAGUGGUAGGGGGAAAACCACACUGAGUGAAUGGUUUGAUGAGUGUCAGAAUCUCUGUAUAGCAGCUGAGCAUGGUUAUUUUCUAAAAUGGAAUCAACAGUCAAAUUGGGAAAUGAAUAAUACUAGUAUAAUUUCUUCUUGGAAAGAGAUUGUUGAGCCUGUGAUGAGAAUGUAUACUCAGGCAACAGAUGGCUCCUAUAUAGAGACCAAAGAGAGUGGCUUGGUAUGGCACUACUAUGAUGCUGAUCCGGAUUUUGGAAUUUGGCAAGCCAAGCAGCUGUUGGAUCACCUGGAAUGUUUAUUUGCAAACGAACCAAUAACUGUAAACAAAGGAAAGCAUAUUAUUGAAGUCAAGUCACAGGGAAUUACUAAAGGGUUAGUUGUAGAGAAAAUUCUGUCCAGGAUGACCAUGGAAGGGAAAUCGCCAGAUUUUGUACUGUGCAUAGGGGAUGAUAGAUCUGAUGAGGAUAUGUUUGAGAGCUUGCUGAGUAAAGGUUACAGUCGAACCUCUUCUGCACCAGAAAUCUUUGCAUGCACUGUGGGUCAAAAACAAAGUAAAGCUAGGUACUUUUUAGAUGAUACUGAGGAUGUAAUGAGGCUACUUCGAGCUCUUGGUAACGUUUCAAUGUCUAACUCAGCAUGGCCCGAAGAAGACUUAGUUUACUAUCUGAUUUUCAAGGUUGUAGCAAAUGGAUGUAUAUGCUGUCUUUUAGCCAUACCUUUGAUCUUAGCUUCUGAAUGUAGAGAUGAGAAUACAUUGUUUGUUUGUGCAGCUUAG